AAGAAAAUUUUAUAUUUCUGACAUGUUCUUCUUCUGUGUAACGUAUGGUAUGGAUACAGAAGAAGAAUAAUCGGAGAGAAUGCUUCCGACUUCCUCCGACCACGACGCUGGCACUAUAACAUUGGUACACAACACACACAUGACAUUUGUAAUGAAACUUUAUUACCAAAAAAAAAAUAAAAAAAUAAAAAAAAAUCUUUUUACCAAAAUAAGACCGAGGUUUGCUCCCACCCAUGAUCUCUCCAAAAGCAGAUUCAUUUGUAGCACGUUCUUUCCUCAAUUUCUGAAUUUUUGAUUUACAACCAAAUUAGACCUUUAAAGUUUUCUUUUGUGGGUCUAUCUAAAUUUUUUCUCUUUCUUUCUCGGGAAAUUUUCACAUAUUAAGAUCUAGAGAGAGAGAGAGGGAGAGAGAUAAAAAAGGGUUCACACACACACAAAAAAGUUCCAAGCUUUUUUCUUUUUUUUUUUUCUCUCUGUCUCUGUUUUUCUGGGAAUUUGAAUGAAUAGGAUCAGAAGAAGAAAAGAGCUGAGAAAAGAUUAAAACUUUGCGACGAUGCUGCAGAGAGCUGCGAGUAAUGCGUAUUCAUGGUGGUGGGCGAGUCAUAUCCGUACCAAACAAUCUAAAUGGCUCGAACAAAACCUUCAAGAUAUUGAGGAAAAGGUGCAAUACGUGUUGAAGCUAUUACAAGAAGAUGGCGAUUCGUUUGCGAAGCGUGCGGAGAUGUAUUACAAGAAGCGACCUGAGCUCAUUAGCUUCGUUGAAGAAUCUUACAGAGCUUACAGAGCUUUAGCUGAGCGUUAUGAUCAUAUCUCUACAGAGCUUCAAAACGCUAACACGACCAUCGCCUCUGUUUUUCCUGACCAAGUCCCAAACUUUGCAAUGGAUGAUGAUGAUGGUGACUCCAUGUCUAAAUUCUCCAAAAGAUCAUCGAAUGCUUCUUCUGGUGCUAAUGUCCCCAAUGUUCCUAAAUUGCCUGUUAAGGAUUUGAAGACCGCUGUUAAAGUGGCUACAAAGAAGCUUCAGCCUAGGAAGUCUAUGAAGUAUACUGGUGGUUCUACCAAUGUGGUUGUUAAGAGCUCGGGUUUGAGCAAGCCUGAGGCUAUGGGGGAGAUUGAUAAGUUGCAGAAAGAGAUUUUGUCCUUGCAGACGGAGAAGGAGUUUGUCAAGAGCUCUUACGAGAUUGGUUUGUCUAAGUAUUGGGAGUUUGAAAAAGGUAUCAAGGAGAAACAAGAGAGGAUCUGUGGUUUGCAGGAUGAGUUUGGUGAGAGUGUUGCUAUUGAAGACGAUGAAGCUCGGAAACUGAUGACCGAGACUGCGAUUAAGUCAUGUCAGGAGAAGCUAGUGGAGUUGCAGGAGAAGCAAGAGAGGUCUUAUGAAGAAGCUAGAGAGGAGCAUGUCAAGAUUAAGGAGUCUAAAGAGAAGCUAAGAUCUAUGGCUAGCCAGUUUCUAGGUGACGAGAGUGCCUUUGCGAAAGACGAUGGUGAUGAGGUUAGAAGAACAGAAGAGUUGGAGCAUGAGAUCAAAGAGAUGUCUAGGAAGAAGAAAGAGUUGGAAUCUGUAAAAGAGAAGAUUAGAGAACAUUUUGAGUCUGGUGUGAAUUCCUCGGACAAUGCGACAGAGAUGGCUGAGAAAGUCGAUGAGCUCGUGAACAAAGUGAUUACCUUGGAGAGUGCAGUUUCCUCGCAAACUGCUUUGAUACAGAGACUAAGAAACGAGACCAACGGUCUCCAGACACAAAUCAGUACUCUUGAAACCGACAAGGCGUUGUUAGCAGACGACAAGAGUGAUCUGAGGAACAAGCUCAAGGAAAUGGAGGAGAAACUCAAGGCAUUGCAGGAUUUGGACAGAAAUGUUUUGGACAAGAGUAGCAAUCUGCAGACAUCUUUUGAUGAAGCUUGUCAUAAUCUCGAUAACCUCUCUGGUGGGAAGCUGCACGAUGUGAAGCUAGAGAGCGAGUCUGAUAACUUGACCAUGAAUAUAGAACAGGAUAAAGAUUUGGAAGCUGAGGAGAGGAAAUGUGAUGUUAGUGAAGAGACAGAGGAACAUCUAAUGGCCAAGGAGAAGAAAGGAAUAGCCGAGAAGAGUGUAAAAUUUGAACAGACCCGCGAUGCGACAAUAGAAGCAGAAGAUGCAACCAUUUCAGAAGCUGUUUUGGAAUCUACUGAAAAAGAAGAUUCGGAUUUAGAGAAGCAAGCUGCAUCUGACAAGACAGAUUCUGUUGUUGAUAAUGUUUUGGAGAAAGAAGCUGCAUCUGAUAAGACAGAGUCUGUUCCGGAUAAUGUUUUCGAGAAGCAGACAUCUUCUAAAGAAGAGGAUCAAAAGGAGCAAGAUGAACCGGACUGGAAAGAGAUGUUCAUGAAGGGAAUGGAAAAUAGGGAAAAGCAUUUGCUUACGGAGUACACAACUAUUCUCAGGAACUACAAGGAUAUGAAGAAAACUUUGGAUGACACGAAAUCAAAGAUGAAGACAGAGAACGCAACAAAAGAUGAUGAGAUCAAGCUACUAAGAGAGAAGAUGAGCCUCCUGCAGAAGGGUCUUGGAGACAGUAACGACUUGUUGGAAAACCAGAUGUCAAACGACGACUAUUCCAUAGGGUUCAUGGCUACAGAAAACGAGAACAUGUCUCUGGUUGAGGAACAGUUCAGGUUGAAUAUUGAUGAGCUUCUUGAAGAGAAUUUGGAUUUCUGGUUACGGUUCAGCACAGCAUUUGGACAGAUACAAAGCUACGACACUUCAAUAGAAGAUCUACAAGCCGAGAUAUCAAAGCUCGAGCAAAGGAAAAAGCAAGAUGGAAGCAGCACAGCGAAAUAUGCACUGAGAUCAGAUGUUCGACCACUUUAUGUACAUUUGAGGGAAAUAAACACAGACCUGGGUCUUUGGCUGGAGAAAGGUGCAUCCUUGAAAGAGGAACUGAAAUCUAGAUUCGAGUCCUUGUGCAAUAUACAGGAUGAGAUAACAAAAGCCCUGAAAGCAAGUGCUGAAGACGAUGAUUUCAGAUUCACGAGCUAUCAAGCUGCUAAGUUUCAAGGUGAGGUGUUGAACAUGAAGCAGGAAAACAACAAAGUGGCAGACGAGUUACAGGCCGGGUUAGAUCACAUCACCAUGCUUCAAUUCGAGGUUGACAAGACUCUAGGAAAGCUGAGCGAGGAGUUUGCUCUAACAGGUUCAAAGAAAUCUGAUCUUGAUCUCCAGCAUUCGGAUAGUCGCUCAAGAGUGCCCUUAAGGUCAUUCAUCUUUGGCUCCAAACAGAAGAGAGCAAAGCCAUCCAUAUUCUCCUGCAUGCAUCCCUCACUAUAUAGAAAGAUGAAGACUUCUACAUAGGUAACAUUUACAUAAUAUAUACUACAUGCCAUCCAGAGAGUUAAUUGAUUCAUAUACUGUAAUUUAUCAGAUUCAUGGAGGAUUUGCGAGAUUGAAACAAUAGUUUUGUGUGUUGUUUUUUUUUAUAUCCUUUUUUGAGUAUUGUAGAUUGAUUGUUCACAGUUUGUAACUGGGAAGCAAGAGGAAUGUCUUCAGGCUUUUUACAUUUUAUUUUUCUUCAUAAAAGUUUGUAUGUUCAGAACCAUUACAAGAAAACAGAGUUUGUAAUUUUAUGUAUUUUUCCAUCA